CUAGUUUAUCGUACCCUUUUUCUAAAAUGUAUUGAAUUUCGAGUUUCGACAUACAGUGUAUAAAAGUAAAAUAACUUACUACCUAGUUACUUUAUAAUACAUAGUACAUUUAAUUUAUUCUGUGAUUUUUACAUUUUUACAUUUUUCAUUCUACAUUAGAUUACACAUUAAUAGAUAACUUAAAAAUAAUUUAUCAGUCACGAGAUUAAAUUUAUAAUAAAUAUUAAUAUAUAGAAACAUUUAUUUAUAUAAAAUUAAAAAUAAUAUACUACACGAAACUAGUCAAAUCCUAUCUGUAACAAUUUUAUGAUAACCGAGAAUAUUGUUAAUCGUUCCCGAAAUAAAACAAGUAACAACAAAUCCCCGAGUUCCUGAUUGCCGUGCCUAGGCCUACACUAUACAGUCUACACUCUACAGUAAUAACUGCGUAAUCCUACUUAAAUACGCAGCGACACCUUACAAUAGAUAAUAGUAAAUUUGUCUCAUCUAAUAAUUAAAUUAAGUAUUAUCUAAAUGAUGGCAAGGAAACGACGUAGCACCACUGAAAUAAAUACAGCUGAAAAUGCUUCGGUUCCAAAACGUCGUUAUACUAGUGCACAAAGAACUCAUCUUGAAGAAAUGAUGGUUUUUAAUCAAAAAAAAUGUCUUUCGUGGUAUCAUAAAUAUACAAACGAUGUCGGUGAAUUAGGACCCGAAGGCAUGGAAAAAUUUUGUAUGGAUAUUGGGGUUGCUCCAGAAGAUUUAGUUAUGCUUGUUUUAGCAUGGAAAAUGAAUGCUAAAUCAAUGGGAUAUUUUACUAGUGCUGAAUGGUUAAAGGGUCUUACAGAAUUACAGUGUGAUUCAGUUAAAAAACUUCAAAGUAAAUUAGAAUCUUUGAGGUUGUGUUUUAAUGAUCCAUUAGCUUUCAAAAGUAUUUAUAGAUAUGCAUAUGAUUUUGCAAGAGAUAAAGAUCAACGAAGUAUGGACGUAGAAACUGCAAAAUUAAUGUUAAAUUUAUUACUUGGGAAACAAUGGAAAUUAUUCCAAUUAUUUGCUGAUUUUAUAGACCAAUCCAAGUAUAGAGUUAUUAAUAAAGAUCAGUGGUGCAAUAUAUUAGAAUUUUCACGUUCUAUUUCUACAGAUUUGACAAAUUAUGACAUAGAUGGAGCUUGGCCUGUUAUGCUAGACGAGUUUGUGGACUGGUUAAAAAACAAAGGUGAAAACAGCUGAAAUAAGGAAGUUGAUUAUUGCAGACCAAGAUUAGUUACUGAAAUAAUACAAGUUAAAUACAAUUGAAUAAAAUGGAAUCGAUCUCUUAUUUACUUUUUCAAUAUCCAUACAAAUAAAUACAUUUUUAAUUUCUAAUCAUGUUUCAAAAAUACAGUUCAUAAUACAAAUCACUUUUUUGCAAGUCUUCUAUUAAAAAUAUUUUUUUAUAAUAAUAAUAAUCAGAAUUAUAAUAAAAUUAUUCACACUGA